AUGACAGCUCCACCAGCUUUGAGCGCUGGAGUGCACCUCAGCAGUCGCUCAAUCCAUCCGCAGAUUUUCCGUCGUGCCUUUGCUUGCGGGCAUCCAGAUGAAUUCAUCGAAGUCCAGCUCCUCGAUGAUGGGGAACAUAUGCACAACAUCGUCACAUUUGAGGUGUUCAAGCAACAGAACCGAGGUGAGAGUCGACCUGUAUUUGUCGAAUCUCGAUGCUUGGGAUGCGCACAGAGAGCAAAAGAUGAGGACGACAGAGAUGCAAGCCUACGACCCAAGAGAGCGUUGAGCGCAUACCGUGCUGGAACCUCAUCCACCUCCAGAACAAAAAUUUCUCAAGAUGGGUUCUUAGGGGCUCUGGAAAGGUAUAGAGAUUCAAGUGGCCAGGAUCAAAAUCGAAGACCCCAUCCACGCGUCUCAGAGGAGGAGCACCAAGCUCACCGCCUCAAGGUCUUAUCAGAAGCAGUUGACCACCCUGGCAAGUAUAUAUCGGUUCCAGCAAGACGUGUAACAAACGCGCCAAUUCAAACUUCAGGUCGCCUUCAAGUCACAAACCGCAAGCGAGACUUGUCCCGCUCCCUAAAGGAAACGAACAAAGCCCUACCUCAGCCUGUCAUCAAGGAAAAUGAGGGUCAUGCUCUAGUUGAAGUGCUUCGAGGGAGUCAGAAAAGUAGCAGGUCGUCUGGUCUGUCGCUCGAGACUGAUACCAGUCAUGACAAGAGUUCUAGAGACGUGUCCGUAGUAAACAUGGAACCAGAUCUUGGAACUGAUGUCGGGCUUCUCUCACCUGAGAACAAGUCGCGGAAGGAAGAAGAAAGACAUUAUCUUGCUGCGAGGAACCCAAGCUUUGUAUUCGGAUCAAGACUCAACAAACACCGAAAGUACUCAGAAGAUGAUUCGCCCAUUGCGAAAUAUAGUGAGGCAAUGAAAAAGAGCGUCACUGCAGACAUAGAUCGUCUGCAAAUCGCCAAGAGAGCUACUUCGUCCAGAGGGGAAUCUGCUCUCUCGGAGGAAUCUGUCGAUCGAGGUUCCAACAAUUCGUUUGACCGUUCUUCUGUAGACAGGAACGAAGUCUUACAAUAUGGACCUGCCAGGCAGAGAAGAGGUACAUUUAGCUUCAGGAAGCGACGGAGCAGUACCUUAACGAGAGCAUCGACACAGUCUGAGUCGUCUUCAAGAAGUUUCCAGAGACUGAGCCUCGAUAUUAUCCGGUCAGCCAAGUCUAUCAGAAAGAAAGCACGGAAAAGCGAGAGUCCGGAUUGGGCAUGCAAAACAUCUCUAGACAUUGAGGCCGGUAGAAAUUCCAUGAGCAGCGAGCAGAGCCAAGAUUCGGAAUCACCGAGACAUAUCGCCGAGGCAAUGAUCGAUCCCAUUGACUCCAUGUUCCCAGACAAGAGAAGGCAAAAUAUCGGAUCCGGGGAGAAGCGCGAAGUCCACCCGUCGACUUCCAGCAAGUACAGCGUAGACCCGUUCGCCACAGGCAGGCAUUCAGAAGGCGCAUUGCCGGCAGCGCAGAAAGCUAGCGUCGAUUGUCAGAUGGGGGAGCCAGUUGAGUCGACGAAAAGGGUAACAGAGGAACUGCUGAGGCGGUACAAAACCAAGGCAGCUUCAGCGAUUGACUUGAACAAGAGCCUGCCUGCUUUGCCUUCGCAAGAAAACGACAAGCAGGUCGAUAAACGAUCUAGAUGUAGAGGACGGAACCAAGCUGGACGGACGUGAUUGAGGAGCCUACAGAUGUAGGUAUGCCGGCAGUCGAUUUGAUGGUCAGAGUUGCACGGGCGUCUACCCAGGUACUGAGGAAUGAAGUGUGGGUGUACAGAUUAGCACUAUUAUUACUGCUGCUUGUAAUUUCCCAUGAAAUCC